AUGAGCCGCAAGACAACACUUGACCUUGUCAACGAGUGCGACAAUUUUCCUUACCGCUACGAUGAUCCUGAGGCUUACGAUGGCGUGCGGUCUGGCUACUUCAGCUUCAUGCUGGCAGGCUGUAAUGCUACAUUGGGAUACAUGAAAGCCGACAUUGCCCAGAAAAUGCCACUUACGGAUGACUGGAAACUCAACGAAGACACGAAGACAUUGCUGUUCCAGCCAAGGAACGCGAAUACACUGGAGGAUCGAAACGCGGUCCUUGCAGAAUAUUUGCAAGAAGUCAGGAAGAAGCAGGUAUUCAAGGUCCUGAGUGGUUGGCGGAAUGAAUUGUACCCCAUCUACGGACCUAAUCGAGAGCUCGUUCUGAGUAUGGAGCGAUCUGCCAGUGCGCUAUUUGGCAUCGUGACAUACGGCGUCCAUAUGACCGCUUAUGUCGAGACCAAUGAAGGCAUGAAGCUCUGGACGCCGCGUCGGGCCGAGACUAAGCAGACAUAUCCAGGGAUGAUGGACAACACUGUUGCUGGAGGCCUUGCAACUGGUGAAGAGCCAUUCGGGUGUUUGAUUCGCGAAUGCGAGGAAGAAGCCUCUUUGCCGGAACAUAUUGCUCAACAAGCAAAAGCAUGCGGAAUGUUGACAUACUUCCACGUCCGAGAUGCUCGUGCUGGUGGUGAGACAGGUUUAUGCCAGCCGGAAUGCCAGUACAUCUACGACUUGAAGCUACCAGCAGACGUAAUACCGCAACCUGGUGAUGAUGAGGCUGUCGACUUCAGAUUGCUGUCCGUGGGUGAAGUGCGCGAGGCCCUUGCGGCUGGGAAGUUUAAGCCCAAUUGCGCUCUGCUCCUGGUCGAGUUCUUCGUCCGCCAUGGUCUCCUAACCCCAGAAGAUGAGCUGGACUACAUCCAGAUAGUAUCGAGACUCCACAGGAAGCUCGAGUUUCCCACAAGGUGA